AUGACUUCCUCCUUCUUUAUCCUUCUGUUUCUUUAUUCGCUUUCUAUGUCAAGCUUUGGUGUGUGCAGAGGGAUAGUGUGCAUUGAAAGUGAGAGAGAGACACUUUUGAAGUUAAAACAUCAUCUCAUUGAUCCUUCAAAUAGACUUUCUUCUUGGAAUGCUUCUCUCAAUCCCAAUUGUUGCCAUUGGUACGGAGUUCUCUGCAACAACGUCACAUCCCACGUUGCAGAGCUUCACCUCAGCACUCCACUUCCUUCUUUCCCUUUCGAUGAGAGCCUAAUAGAUGAAACUUACGAAGAAGUUCGCAGAGAAGCAUUCAAUGAGUAUAGUAGAAGGGCAUUCAAUGGAGAGAUAAAUCCUUGUUUGGUUGAUUUAAAGCAUUUGAAUUAUUUGGAUUUCAGCGGCAAUAUUUUUUAUAGGAAGCCAUUUCCUUCUUUCAUUGCAACAAUGACUUCCUUAACUCACCUCAACCUUUCUAAUGCUAAAUUCAUGGGAAAAAUUCCUUCCCAGAUAGGGAAUCUCUCCAAUUUGUUGUACCUUGACCUCUCUUAUGCUUUCAACGGAAGAAUUCCUCCUCAGAUAGGGAAUCUCUCCAACUUGCUCCACCUCCAACUCACAGGAUAUGAUUCUGAAAAUGUUGACUGGCUGUCAAGUCUUUCCAAGCUUUGUUAUCUUGACUUGAGCAACACUUGGUCACUUGUUAAAGGAUGUAUACUCCCUCUGUAUAAUCAACCGUCAUUUCUUAACUUCUCAUCUCUCGUCACUCUAGAUCUUUCCUAUAUUCCUUAUUUUUCAACAAAUUCUUCGGUUCCAAAGUGGGUAUUUGGAAUGGAAAAACUGGUUUCUCUUUCUUUACAUGAUAACAACUUUGAAGGUACAAUUCCAGAUGGUCUUCGAAACCUCACACUACUUGAAAAUCUUAACUUGUGUGGAAAUUCAUUCUCAUCUUCAAUACCUACUUGGUUUUAUACUAGUUUUCCUAAUCUAAAGAUCUUGGACCUAUCAAGAAAUAACUUACAAGGAACUAUUUCUGAUGCCUUAGGAAAUAUCACUUCUCUAGUUACACUUGAUUUGUCUUACAAUAAACUUGAAGGUCCACUUCCAACUUCUUUAGGAAAGGUGACUUCUCUAGUUGAACUUGAUUUAUCAUCCAAUAAACUUGAAGGACCAAUUCCAAUUUCUUUUGGCAAUCUUCCAGUAUCAUUUCAAAAACUUUCAUCAUUGAGAUAUCUUUCUCUGUUCGAGAAUCAGCUUAGUGGAAAUCCAUUUGAAAGUUUUAGAUCACUCUCUAAAUUGUCAUAUCUUAAUAUUGGUUAUAAUCGAUUUGAAGGAGUUGUGAUGGAAAAUCAUCUCAUUAAUCUUGUGAGUUUGAGUAUCCUUCAUGCAUCAGGAAACAAUUUGACUUUAAAAGUGGAUCCCAAUUGGCAUCCUACUUUUAAGCUUACUUCUUUGGAUAUGAGCUCCUGGCAGUUAGGUCCUAACUUUCCUUCAUGGAUUCAGUCACAACACAAACUUGAAUAUUUAGCGAUGUCUAAGACGGGGAUUUUAGAUUCUAUUCCGAAUUGGUUUUGGGAAACAUUUUCUCAGACUUAUUUUUUAAAUCUCUCUCAUAAUCAUAUCCAUGGUGAGCUUGGGACUACAUCAAAGAAUCCAAUAUCUAUCACCAAUGUUGAUCUAAGCGCAAAUAACUUAGGUGGCAAAUUACCCUUACUUUCAAAUUCUGUGGGUUUUUUGGACCUUUCAAGCAAUUCAUUUUCCAAACCAGUGGAUGAUUUUCUAUGCAAAAAUCAUAAGAAGCCAAUGAAUUUAGAAUUUCUCUAUCUUGCAUCGAAUAACUUGUAUGGAGAAAUACCUGAUUGUUGGGGAAUUUGGCCAUAUCUAGUGGACCUGAAUUUACAAAACAAUAAUUUUGUUGGGAACAUUCCUCAAUCCAUGGGUUCAUUGACGGAGCUCGAAUCAUUACGCAUCCGUAAAAACUUUCUCUCGGGAACAUUUCCAACAAUUUUGAAGAAGACCAAACAAUUGAAAUUAUUAGAUAUUGGAGAAAAUAAUUUUUCAGGAACAAUUCCAAAUUGGGUUGGAGAAAGUUUUUUAGAUAUGAAGGUUCUUAUCCUUCGAUCAAAUACAUUUUCCGGUCAUAUUCCUAAUAAAAUAUGUGAUAUGAGUCUUCUUCAAGUGUUAGACCUUGCACAAAAUAAUUUCACUGGAUAUGUACCUACUUGUAUUAACAGCUUGAAGGCCAUGACAAAAAAGCACAGAAACAUAGUUCCUUUCAUCUAUUGUUUACCUAUCAAUGAUGGUAAACUUAUAACUGCAAUGGAAACUAUAGUAAGCGUUCUUCUUUGGUUGAAAGGAAGAGGAGAUGAAUACAAAAACUUUCUCGGGUUGGUAAAAAGCAUUGAUUUGUCAAAUAACAAAUUAGUUGGAGAAAUACCAAGAGAGAUCACAGAUUUAAAUGGUUUGUUAUUUUUGAACUUGUCUCACAACCAACUUAUUGGUCACAUUCCACAAAACAUUGGUAAUAUGGGAUCAUUGUUGUCCAUUGAUUUCUCAAGGAAUGAACUUUCUGGUGAAAUCCCUCCAACCAUUACAAAUUUGAGCUUUCUAAGUAUGCUAGACUUGUCUUAUAAUCAUUUGGAUGGAAAAAUUCCAACAGGAACUCAGCUCCAAUCCUUUGAUGCCUCUAACUUUAUUGGCAACAAUCUUUGUGGCCAACCACUAUCUAUCAGUUGCAGCUCCAAUGGCAAAAGUUAUGAUCACAAUGGCGAAGGGAGUGAUAGACAUGAAGUGAACUUAUUUUUUGUGGGCAUGGCAUUUGGAUUUGUGGUGGGAUUUUGGAUAGUAGUUGGUCCUUUGGUCAUCUGUAGAUCAUUGCGUUAUGCCUAUUUUCAUUUCCUUGAUCAUGUGUGGUUCAAACUUCAAUACUUCUUUUAAAGUGAGUACAAUAUCUAAU